UGUUGGCGUGGUUAAUUUUUAAUCCUAAAAAUGAAACAUCUGCAAUAGUGUAAAAAAGAUAUUUUUUACGCUUAUAUAAAGUAGUCGAUUUUUAAAAAUUUAUAUCAUUUCACUAUGGCGCUAAUUGUCUUGUUUUUCAUCGGUGCUUUUGCUGUUAUUGCAAUUGAUCCAUGCGUGUCAGCAAGUUUAGAACUGAUUGAUGAGCCAGUGGAGCUACAAGAUUGGCCAAAGAUCCCUAAGCUCCCAUUCAACUGCACAAUGGAAGAUGGAAUAACUGAAUGCUGUGGAAGAUUGCAGGUUUCUCUUUUGAAUUUAGAUAAAAAUAGUUGCUUGAAACUUAUUUUCAUUGGCGAAAUAGUUGCUUUGAAUAUUUCAUUCACCAUUGACGAACAUCAAUUGUUUAAUUAUCAAAUCUCAGCCAAAAAUCCACCUCCUAUUUGUGUUGGUGUUCCUUUCGCAAAAUUAUUCGGUGAUAUUUGCAUAGAAUUUUACGAUUUACAUGUAUCAAAGGACCACACUCAAGUUUGCAUGAAAAUAAAGCCAAGAUUAUUCAGAAAAGUAAUCACAGAAUAUGAUACAGGAUGUUUCAACAUGACUUCGACUGAAAUGAGCACAGAAGCUUCAUUAACACAGCUUUAUUGAAAACUUUUAUUGAGAUAUUGUUUUUUUUUUUAAUAAAAUGCUU